CCCUUCUGCGCCUCUUUGCUGCUAAAAUAAACUUGUUUCAUUGACAAAAACUGUUGAAUUUCUUCAGGGUCCUCUGUUUGGCUGUUCUUGUAUAAAACAACACCGAAAAGACCCUUUCAAAUAAUUUCGAGCCACCCAAAUAUUCAACUUAGAUACCCAUACAUUGCUGCUGCUGCUGAUAGCCGGUCUAUUCAAUAUUGCAGUUUCAAAUCACUUCAAAUCACCGUUGUGCUCGUAAAGUGAAUCAUAUUGUGACAAUAGUACAUUUACCAACUUUAACCCAAAAUGGAUGCUCAAAAUAACAACAAUUUCAACAGAAACAACUACACUGAUCACUCAUCUCCAGAUUCCAAUAAAAAAAGACGGAAAAGAGUCUCAUUAACUUGUACUUCAUGUAAAAAGAGAAAAGUCAAAUGUGAUCAAGGUAAACCAUGUUCAUCCUGUGUUAAGAAACGUAUCCCACCACAUCUUUGCAUCUAUGAAGAUUCACCAUUCAUCCCAAACACUGAGCAAUCCACUACCCCAACAGAAACAAUCAUCUUACUUAAAGAUGAAAACGUUAAAUUGAAAGCAGAAUUGGAAGAAUUGAAAAAAUGGAAAGAAAUCGUCUCUGGUGAUCCAAUGCCAACUCCAUUAGGUGGUAAAGUUCAACUAUUUGAAAAUAUUAGCAUGAAGGCUAAUAAAGUGAUGUAUUUCGGGCCAACUAGUUGGAGAACUUUACUUGAUAAAGAGGGAACUUAUACUGAAUUGGUUAAAUCUGCUAAGAAUUAUGUGUCAAGUGUUAAAAGAGAAUGGAAAAAUGAAAAAAAUUUAAAUCAUAUCCCAUAUGAAGAAUAUAAAGAUAUUAACGUUGGUACUCCCAAGACAUUAUUGGAUAAUUUAGCUAAUUUCUUACCAAAGUAUGAUGUUUUGGAAAAUUACAUGAUUAAAUAUCUAGAUGGUUAUUGGAAUCAAAGAUUACCAAUCAUAGAACGUGAACAAUUGAUGAAGGAUUUCCAUCAAAUUGUUAUCCCAAAUGGUGAUGAUAGCGGUACCUUCACUUUCAAAAUCAUAAACAAAUCAAUUGAUUAUGCCAAAAUUGCAUUAAUGGUGAUUGUUUUGAAAUAUAUGACAGCAACAAGCAAUUCUCAUCAACAAGAUUCUGAUUAUGACUCAAGAGAUCAUUUACUACGUUAUGCUGAUAAACUUUUGGAAUUUUCAAAAUCUAAUUCCAAGAGUACAAUCCCUGCAUUACAAGCUUUGAUCCUUAUAAGACAAUUCAGAAUGAUUAAUCCAAUAGAUGGUGAUGGUGGUGAUUCUAGUGGUGGCGCCUUGACUUUUAAAUUUGCAAUUAAUAUGGCCAUCUUGAUGGGGUUGAAUAAAGAUAUUGAUACUUUAUAUGCAAAGAGUCCACCAUAUACAAGACAAAUUUUUAAAAAUAUUUGGAGUCAUUUGAUGUAUCAAGAUGCUGUAUUGUCUUUCCAUUUGGGUAUCCCAUUAACUAUAGAGGAUCAAUAUAUUGAUCGUCAUUAUUUUGAAAAUAAUGAUUUACUAAGUACAAUAACUAUGUUCCUAAGAGAAAUUGUUAGAGUGUUAACAAGAUCUGAUCAUUGUUCACAACAUGAAAUUGUUUCAAUAAUUGAAAAAAUGGAGAAUUAUAACAAUGGUGAAUUUCAAAAAUUAUCAUCAAGUGUUAAAGAGCUUUCCAGUGCUGAUGUUGUUUUAAAUGAUUUUCAAAAAUUGAUAUCAAUUGAAUUGAAACUAUUCGCAAUUUAUACCCUUCAUGUCUUGUAUGAUGUUUUAUACCAUGGUGUUGAAGAUUAUGAUCCAAAUAAAGCUGUCUAUUAUAAUGGUACUAUGAAAUAUGGUACUUUAAGUGCAACUCAUUUCAUUGAAAUAUUACUAAGGUUUAACAAAUUUUGUGUGGAUAAUAAAGAUAAUGAGGAUAAACUGUUCAAAAUUGUGGAAAUGUCACAAUCAAUGGUUGGAGUUUCUAAAAUCAUUUUCAUCAAGAUUUUUUGUGCAAUUUGUACUUUUGAAGUUAUAAGGUUAUUUGAAGAUGAUUUACGUUCAACGCAUCCUAAAACUCUUUAUUUCAGUAUGGAUAUAACAGAUUUUGAAAAAUUGAAUCCUCAUGAUAGAUCACACACUUUAAAUCAAUCAUAUAGAUCCCCAGCUUUCCUUCAUGGAUUAAUGACAUUAGCAUGUAAAUAUAUGCUCAAGAUGAAGAAUGAAUCUUUCCAAUCUGUUUUCAAUUUGAAUUUUUGUUUGUUUGUUGUUCUUGCAUUGUUUAAAUAUUUUGAAAGAUUUAUUGAUAGAAAAUUAUCAAAAGAGAAGGAAACUUCAUCAUUGGAUAAAAUUAGAGCCACUGUUAAAUAUGAAGAUUGUGAAGAUGCGGACCUACCACAUGAUGAUACAAGUAUACCAUCUCCACCAGCCAUACUACAAACAUCCCAAGACCAGUAAAUGCACCAUCUGCUUAUACUCCAACUUCAGUAACCGGUUCAAUAUCAAGUUCAAUUGGUGAAACAAGAACACCAACAGAAACGGGACUCCCAACUCAAUCAUACAUGACUGGUGAAUUUGUCACAAGUUUAACAGACCCAAUUGAUGAAAUGUUUAAAGAUGUUUUCAAAGAUGAUAAUUUAUUCACUUCACAAAUGGAUUCAAAUUUUAAUUGGGAUCUUAAUGAUUUUUUAUCCGGAACUGGUAUGUUUUAUGAAGAUAAACACACCGGAAACAACAAUAACGCUCAAUAAACAGCACAACACCCUAGAU